GAGCAACGAUGCCCUUGGUGGAGCUGCAGACUAACCUGCCGGCCGCUCGGCUGCCCGGCGACCUGCUGGCCAAACUGUGCGCAGAGGCCGCCUCCAUCCUGAGCAAGCCGGUGGAGAGGGUGAAUGUUGUGGUAAAGAGUGACCUGCCCAUGGUGAUCAGUAGCUCCCAGGAGCCUUGUGCUAUGCUGGUUGUGUCUUCCUUGGAAGUGGUGGGAUCUGCGGAGCAGAACAAGGAGCACAGUGCAAAGUUUUUUGAGUUUCUCACCAAGGAACUGAGGCUUGGCACUGACAGGAUCGUCAUUCUGUUUCAUCCUCUGGAACGCUGGCAGAUCGGCAAGAAUGGGACUGUCAUGACUUUCCUGUGAAGUGUCCAAAAGUCCACCAAAUCAUCUUUCUGGCCAACUCCACCGUAGAGGGCUCUGCAGGACCCCUGGGGGUUACAUCUUCUUUUCUUUGA